GUGUCUUUGGCCCGUGGCUUGCUCUUCUGCUUGCUCUUUCCACUGCAGCAUCUUUUUGGAAAACAAAUGCGUGGUUUAUCUGGUUGAUUACUUCUGUGGGACACUUAACAACUAAUUUCUGAUCGGUUUUGUUCAUCAAAUUAAUGAUUUUUCUUUUGGCGUGGGAUGCAGAAAACAGGACGUUUCAGAGAAAUCAGUCAUGGAAAGUCCUAAGAGUCAUAGAAUCACAGGAUGUGGUGGGUUGGAAAGAAGCUCAAAGAACACCCACUUCCAACCCCUGCCCUGGGCUGGCUGCCUCUCACCAGAUCAGUCUGUGCAGGACCCGAUCCCACCUGGCCUUGGGCACCUCCAGGGAUGGUGCACCACAGCCCUGGGCAGCAGUGCCAGUGCCUCACCACCCUCUGACCCCUAAUCUAAAUCUCCAUUGUACAUCACAGCAGCCAUGUGAUGGGCUAGAUGUAAAUCUUUACAUGUAGCUUUCUUUGGCUUGUACGGAGUUAGAUUUGCUACUAUGAUUUGGAAAAACAUGCUGCUGUUUUACAGCCAGGUCCCAGCUGCAGGCUGCAAAAUGGUUAGUCUAGGGGCAGGCAGCUCUGACACAGAUUCUUCAGAAUGGUACCAAUUAUUUUACAGCCGAGAAAGUUAUGCAUAAACAACACUUUGCCCUUGCCUGCUCUGUCUCAAAUGUGUAAUUAAACCUUUCCAGUAGCUUAUCUUGCAAUUGCAAUCAUGACACUCUCCAGCCUCUGGUGCUCAUCAAAGAGGUGAGGAGGUGUUUGCUGUUCUGCCCAAUGCAGCUGCUUCACCAGAACAGCCCUUCUUCCUCAGUAGGCUUUAUCUUUCACUCCAUCCUGCCUGUGGAGGCAGAGAGUGCACAGUAAAAGCCUGUGCCAGGGGCACCUGUGCUCUGCUUUGGUUUGCAUCAGGGUGCCAAGCCCCAUAAACUGUCCCAGACACCAGGGUGAUGCUGAGCCAUUGGGCACCAGCAGAUACAUCUUCCUUCCUCCAGAUGUGGUGGUGCCUUAGCAGACCUGUUCAUCUCUCUGACUUCUCUUCCCCAAAUCCUGAAAGUUGAGAAAGCUGUGAAAUGCAGCCAGCAUACAGAUGCAUAAAAUGUAUCUUUCAGCAUCAUGAAGCUUAGAUGUGUGGCUUGCAGCUCUGGGGAAGCAUUUUUUGUCAUGCCACUUCAGGUGGCAUGGAGAAGGAAGACAACUCCUGAACCUCCUCAAAUCCUGAAAUCCCCCCUGGGCCUGGCAUGGCCAAGGUGAAGAAAUGAGUUAAGAGUCAUCAUCCUGACCUGACCUUUGCUGUAAAAGGGGAAAACAACUCUUAUUGUAAAAAAUCUUCUUUCUGACAUCAGCAGCAAGGAGCUAUCAUACAAACUCUUGUAGUAGAAAUACUGAGUCAUGGCCUGAAGCAGUGAUUGAGCACCUGGUGGGAAGGCAGGGCCAACCCAGUGGAGCUCAGGUGCAUGCAAUGUAGCUGAAUGACCAGAAGGGAUGGAGCCAGCAAUCCCAGACCUCAUUUAAGGGAUGGCAGUGGAGGUGAGGGUAUCUCUUGUUGGAGAUCCCUGCCUACCUGAGGCCUUCUGAAGAUAGCAUGUUUGCAGAGACCACUGCCUGUCUCAACACCGCCCGUCUCAGCUCUUGCCUUCCCCAGAGCAACCACGACUCAGCCAACUUCAAUAACAAUGAACUGGAGAAUAAUCAAGUGGUGGCCAAAAUAGCAAACCUAAACCUGAGCCGGGUGCCGGGACUUGCGACAGACAACCACAUCAUCCCCUGCUGCCCCAACCGGCGGCUGCGUGUGCAGGGGGUCCCGGCCUUCCUGGACACAGACCUGCGAUUUCACCCCACCCAUGGACCUGACAUCACCUUUUCCCAGGACCGGAUGGUCGCCUGCACCAACUGGCAAGAGAGCAAUAGGACUUUGGUGUUUUCUGACCGUCCUCUGCACGUCGGCGAGAGCCUGUUUGUGGAAGUGGGACACCUUGGGUUGCCAUACUACGGGGCCCUCUCGUUUGGCAUCACUUCUUGUGAUCCGAGUACUUUAAGGACAAACGAGCUCCCAGCAGAUCCGGACUCUCUCCUGGACCGCAAAGAGUACUGGGUGGUGUUCCGGGCCUUCCCAGUCUUCAGCGGAGGUGACAUCCUCAAUUUCACGGUCUUGCCAAACGGCGAGGUGCACCAUGGGGUGAAUGGAGCAAGCCGCGGCAUGCUGAUGUGCGUGGAUACCUCGCAGUCUCUCUGGGUGUUUUUUACAAUCCAUGGUGUAAUCAACCAGCUCAAAAUACUGGGCACUGUGCAGUCCAGUCCAGUGACCGUCUCACCCUCAGGGUCCCCCGGUGGCUCACAGUACGACAGCGACUCUGACAUGGCCUUCAGUGUCAACAGGUCAUCGUCUGCCUCGGAGUCUUCGCUCGUGACUGCUCCCAGCUCUCCCCUGAGCCCCCCUGUCUCUCCCGUCUUCCCCCCUCCGGAGCCAUCCAGCAGCAAGAACGGGGAAUGCACCGUCUGCUUUGACAGCGAGGUGGACACGGUGAUCUAUACCUGUGGACACAUGUGCCUCUGCAACACCUGUGGUCUUAAGCUGAAGAAGCAGCUCAAUGCCUGCUGCCCCAUCUGCCGACGGGUCAUCAAAGAUGUUAUUAAGAUUUACCGCCCGUAGCGCCCGGCUUGGGCUUGGGAAGGGAGACCGCCGCUAGCAGUAACCAUGCCUUUCCGUCCCUGCUUAUGGGUUAUCGUGCUGGUCAGUUGUAAUCAAGUGGCUCGUUAUCUGUGUUUCCUUAUUUGAUUGGUAGGGCAUAAUUCAGGGAUCAAAUUGAGAUAAGGAUCACAUGGGGCAGUGCUGCUGGGCUGUGUGCCCACAGAGUGAAUUGCGGUAGGAAUCCGACCCAGCUGCAGAUGGGAAAUUCCCUGUGCCAAGCUUUUUUUAUCCUCCAGAGGAUGAGGCUGAUGUGAUGUGGGUUGGGAGGGAACGCUGCCGUUCGCUGGGUGCUGCUGGAUUGCCCAGCCCCAGAGCUCAGACAACACUGUGCUGCUGGUGCUGUGGUGGAGCAAAAUUAGAAUGUGGCCCAGUGGGAGGGUUUGGAGUGGACAAAAUUGAUCUGAAAAUUUAAUACCCAUCCAUUUAAGGGGAGCAAGCAAAGGCCAAAAUAGUAGCACAACUGGACUGUCAUUUGUUUGGGUUUUGAGCAGGCUGCUGGGGCAUGUGGAGGAGCUGCUUCCUUUGGCUUGGCUGCAGCAGCUCUUGCUUUUUUUGGUGGAACAGGGCCCAGGUUUUGCUCUGCUCCUCCCAGCAUGGGGCAGUUGCGGUCUCAUAGGGACCUGCUUGGCUCAUGUCUCUUAUCCUUCCCCAGUCCCUGUGGGCUCACCUUCUUUCUGGGCACUGUGCCAUUUUUCUUCUGCCUCUCUGGAUUUCCCAGCACAGCUCCCACUGCCCACACACUGGCUGCCAGGAGAGGCUUCAGCCACAGGCAAGAGCUCAUUGGGAUGAAUAGGGAUCAAACUUGGCUUUGCAGGGGAGGUGGAAGGAAAGGCUCUGAGGCUAUUAUUAGACUUAAAAGGUAAAUGGAUUUCAGCUGUGGUGUUAGACAGCCAUGAGCAGCAGCAAUCUAGAGGAGGAGGGAAGUGUAUGGGCAGGCAGUGGGUCUGUGCAGGGCUUGGUGUCCUCCCUGACGCUCCCACAGGAGCUCCCCUAUCCUUUGUCCCCCUGCAGGCUUCCUCCCACACAAGACUCAGGCCUGGCUGCAUUUCAUGAUGCAAACCAGAGGCUGAAAGAGGGGCUGAUGUCAUUCUGGCUCAAUGAUUGUGUGCCACCAAGUGAGUAAGAAAGGUGUAGUUAUCACAUUUCAGUCCAAAAAUGGAGAAAAGCAACCCAUGUGCUGCAGGGCCGCUGAGUGCAGAGGGAUGCUCCUGUCCCUCCAUGCCAUGGGUGUGCUGCUGACUCUCUGCUGCUACUGCUGUUGGUGGCCUGGCCAUGCUGCCCAGUGGGGGCUGUGGGGCUGCUCUCUCUCUUCCUGGGGGCAGUGAGCUGUCCUACAUACACCCAGCAGGCAGGGCAUAGAGAAAACUCUUUUUGUUUUAAAACUUAAAGAGCUAAUGAGCAUUUCAAUUAAGUGUAUAGAUGAGAGGCUGCUUUAAAAUGGGAUUUCUCAGCCACUGUCCUGCUUCAUUGACAUGAGUGCCUGAUGGUGUUGCAGAGCCCUUUUGGGAAACGUGGCUCAUCCCUGCCUGUACAGCACCACCAUAAUCAAGAGGCCAAGGUGUUUUCCAGCAGCUGAAGUGUUGCAGUGAUGACCUCAAGGCUGCCUGCCUGUGGAUCCCCCAAACACUUGCUUAGCCUAGCCUUUAUAGCUCAAGGCCUCGCUGUAGUUAGUGGGCACAGCAUGGGGAGCUGCGGUGGCACAGUUGGGGCUGUUGGGUGACACCUGGCCAGGUGGGCUGCCCUGUGCCCUUGCUGUGCAUGGGCUGCAGGGGGAACUCUUAGCAUGAGGAGGAGCUCAAGGAAAGCUGAAUUCACAGCAAAUGAUGCUGGCUGGGAUCACACUGGACUAACAGAUGCCACUGGCUGUCCCCACACUCCCUGUUGCAGGGCUGCCUGCUCUGUUUGGAGCUGGCAUUCAGCUGCAAUGAUGCAUGUAGCCCAUUUGCUUGGCUGGCACCUCAGGUCUUCAACAAGCAGGGCUGACUGCACACACCUGGUUCAUUUUUUGGUGCAGCUCUUAUAUUUUAAGCCAGCAAAGAGAAAUGGCAAAAAUUACCAGCUGAGCAGGUUGCAGAGGGGUGGGUUUUGCUGCUGCAGCUGCGAUUGAUUUCCAGGAGGGCAGCACCAGCAAGCAGUGAGCUGCUGGGGGGAAUGAGUCGAGCCAGCACCCAGCACAGGGGUAACAGGCAGCAGUGGGGGCUUUCCCUGCCAGAGAGCAACAGGGAUAUUUUGAAAACAGUGGCAGAGGCCCCUCAAAAAGAGUUCCAGGAAAAGGCAGCCUUUAACAGAUUUAAUCGUUAGUACUCGUAUUGCUAUUUUUUUUAAACAGUCCGAUGAUACAUGAUUUGUACAGAAGAUCUGUUUGUGCCUUAUAAGGGUGUCUGUGCACUUUUUAUCCUUUUUAAAAACAACUUUUAAAAUAAAACGGGGAGAACAUAACACAGAUCAAUGGUAGUGUUGUAGAGUUUUGUGUUCACCAAGAAGCCUGCUUUGUAUUUAUAUAUAUAUAUAUAUGUGUAUGAAGUUACAUAUAUAUAUGUAUAUAGUAGCAAAAUAGUGUUAAUUUCCAUUGAUAUUUUUUUUUCCCCCUGCUCCUAUUGAUUUCAUUUUCUUUCUUAGAAAGAGGAAGAGAGGGGAAAAACAGCAGAGGGAGGGGAACCCCUUUCCUUUCCCCUUUAGAGGCAGUUACUCUUGCUUCCUUUAUGAUUCAGUCCUGUGAUCUGCACAACAUGCUGAAGCUGACUCAGAUGUUGGACCUCUGCAUUGAGCUUCUCAAGCAACUCAUUGGGACUG